UUUGCGGCCGGUGCAACAUUAGCGGCGAAGAAGAAGGAGCGGACGUGACGUCAGAGUCCUGCCUCCAAAACAACCCGAGUGUUAUGAAAGCUGCAGAGUGAAAUGUUGGAUAACUGCUGUUUCCAAACCCUUACACAACACCAGGUGGACAGCUGAGGGGCUUCCGCCUGUCUAGUUUUGCCAAAAGACAUUUAAAUGUAAAGAAAAUAGAUUUGUAUCUAAAACGUUUGAGAAAAGACAGCAUGGCAAAGCGGGGAGGGUGUGCAGAGACAGAGGCCUAUACAAAGAAACUGAAGCAGGUGCUGAAGGCAAAGAGCAGCGGAGCAAAAGCGAGAACGAAGAAGAAAGACGCAGCUAAUGGCCACACAGAGGAAGAGGAGAAGCUCGAGAGGAAGGUCAAACCCAAACCACGGUGCUCCACAAAACGAGCAUCAGGGAACACUUCAUCCACCACAUCCGCAACUGCUACUGCCGUCAAAACCAGUAAAUACUUCCAGUCGCCGGUGAAGGAGGAGGAGACGAAGAGUGAAGAUGACUUUGACAUGGUGACCUCAGCAGCAUCUGCGGUUACGGUGAACGCCAAGAGAACAGAGAAAGAAGAAGAGGAGGACAGUGAGGAUGACGAGGAUGAUUGGGAGGAAGUGGAAGAGCUUUCUGGACCGCUGGGUCCAGUUGAACCACCAGAACCUGUCCUGCCCUCUCAGCCGCUUGAGAUAGAGAUCGAGACUCCAGAAAUCAGGAAAAAGAAAAAGAGGCAGGCAGAGUUUGAAAUGUAUCUGAGGCGGAUGAUGAACCGAUACAAGAAGGACGUGCUGAUAGACACACACAAGGUCCACCUGAUGUGCCUGAUAGCCAGUGGGAUGUUCCGCAGCCGCCUGUGCAGUGAACCAGACCUGCUGGCCAUCACUCUGUCACUGCUGCCCCCCCACUUCAGCAUGGUCGCCAAGCAACGUAUUGACCAAAACUACCUCUCUGGACUGCUUAAAUGGUUUAGAGCAACGUUCACCCUCAACCCCAGUCUGCCCUGUGAGGAGCGUCCGGACCCCCGGGCUCUCCUGGAGAGGCGGCUGGCCAGCUUGUCGCCCAGAAACCACCAGGAGAUGACUCAUCUGUUCCUGUUGGUCCUGAGGUCUCUGCAGCUCUUCUGCCGAUUGGUUCUUUCUUUGCAGCCGAUUCCUCUCAAACCCCCAUCAGCCAAGGGCAAAGGGGCGAGAACAUCUACUGGUGCCCCAGGAAAAAGCAACACAAGCCAGCAAACCUCCAAGACCACCUCCCCUGAGCCAAAGGUCUCUACUGGCACCAAGAGACCAGCUGGAGGGGGGAAAAUAAAUGGAGACGGAGGAGGAAAGAAAGCAAAGACAAAAGACAUAAAAGAGGAGACUGCGAAGGAAAAGGAGAAGGUUAUAACAUCAGGAGGGCAAAGGCCAAAGAACUCAAAACGCCGAAGCAUCGCCUCAAAAGUCAGCUACAAGGAAGAAAGUGACAGUGAAGCAGAAAAAGAGGAUGAGGGGCUUAGUGAUGAGGAUUUUCAGGCGACCAGUGAGGAAGACAGUGAGGAUCCAGAGGGAGGGGCUAAAUCCACCAAGGGGAAAAAGGGGAAGAGCAAAUCCAAAGUGAACAACAGCAAGAACACUGCAGCUCCGAAGAGGAGUGGUGGAGGGAAGAAACAGGUAAAAGACCAGGAGGGCAAAGAGUGGGAGGAAGAGGAGGAAGAUGAUGAAGAAGAAGAAGAAGAAGAAGGAGGAGAAGGAACGACGAGCAACAGAACAAAGCGAAGGAGUGGAAAAAAGGACGGGCCAGGAGCGGACGAGUGGUUGGAGGUGUAUCUGGAGAAAACAUCCUCCUGGGUUUGUGUAGAUGUGGAACAUGGUGUCGAGAUGCCUCACCUCUGCUCCCAGAAUGCAACAGCACCGGUAACGUACGUGGUGUCGGUGGACGGGGAUGGCUUUGUGAAGGACCUGGGGAGGAAGUACGACCCCACCUGGUUGACAUCGUCCAGGAAGAGACGGGUGGAUGAAGAUUGGUGGGAGGAAAUGCUUGAGCCGUUUCUGGGACCUGAGGACGAGAGGGACAGAAAGGAGGACAAGGAGCUCCAGAACAAGCUGCUGAACAAACCCCUGCCGAUCUCAAUAGUGGAGUAUAAGAACCACCCGCUGUACGCCUUAAAGAGACACCUUCUGAAAUAUGAAGCUAUCUACCCUUCAACAGCCACUGUACUGGGAUACUGCAGGGGAGAGCAGGUGUACUCCAGGGAUUGUGUGCACACGCUCCACUCCAGAGACACUUGGCUCAAAGAGGCGCGGACUGUCAGGCUAGGAGAGGAGCCAUAUAAGAUGGUGAAGGGUUUCUCUAAUCGUUCCCGUAAAGCCAGGAUGGCUACUGAGCAGAAGGAUGCGAAUGACCUGGCUCUGUUUGGAGAAUGGCAGACUGAAGAGUACCAGCCGCCUAUUGCUGUGGAUGGGAAGGUUCCCCGUAACGACUACGGUAACGUCUACCUGUUUAAGCCCUGUAUGUUACCGGUGGGCUGUGUUCACCUCAAGCUGCCCAACCUGAACCGCGUGGCAAGGAAGCUGAACAUGGACGCAGCCCCUGCAGUCACGGGCUUCGACUUCCAUGGAGGAUACUCUCACGCUGUGACUGACGGUUACAUUGUGUGUGAGGAGCAUGAGGAGAUUCUCAGAGCGGCCUGGGGGGAAGAACAACAGAUUCAGAAACAGAAGGAGAAAGAGAAAAAAGAAAAGAGGGUGAUCUCCAACUGGACUUUGCUGGUUAAGGGGCUCCUGAUCAGAGAAAGACUUAAACAGCGAUACGGAAAGAAGAACCAGGGACUGGGGGGCCUUGCUCAUGGAGAGGAGACCGGCGGGCUUUCGUCAGAUGAGGAAGUGGUUGAAGGUGGAAGUCCAUUAGCUGUGACAGCGUCUGAGACUCUGGCCAUGUCCUGGCCCCAGAACAGACAAGCAGAAGAGGAAGGAGGGAGUAUCAGCGGACUGAAGAAGAAGAAGACAACAAAACGAGAAAAGAGAGGACAAGAAAAACAUUUGUUCCCAUUUGAGAAAGUGUGAUGUCAGACAUCCAAAACUGGACUUGACUUUAGUUAAAUCAAGGUUGAUUACACUCUGCUCUCUUAAAAAAGCUGCUCCUGAUAUUUACUCUGGAAUUUGCCCCAGGUGGGACAAAUUUGGAAUAAAUUUUUUGCAAGUUUGGUCAUCCCUGGAACCUUUGGCUGUAACAUGAUAAGCAGGAGAGGAAAAAUAAGGAGAAAAAUGUUGGAUAAUGCACUGCAGAUCGAUCCGUUUCUUCCAGUGGUGAUAAUACGUGCAUUAAACCUGCUCUGUCUCCACCAUCACUGUGCACACUCCCAUUAGCUCAUGUACUGUUAGGCUUUUAUACGAGAGAUUAGUAGAAAUAUAGCACAUGC